AGGUACGGGCAGCCGUUGUCACAUAUAAACUAUACUUUACCUUUCUUUCAGUGGGGCUACAGAAAGAAUUAAGUCGCCUUCGGGACAGUUUGAAAAUCUACUCUUGCAGCAAUGGCAGCGAUUGGAAACCGUGGAACAGUGAAGGAGGCGGCUGGGUUCGACCCAGACGCAGAUGCUCAGAAGCUUAGAGGAGCCAUGAAGGGAGCUGGCACUAAUGAGGCCACUGUCAUUGAGGUCCUAGCACAUCGUACUAUUGCCCAGAGGCAGCGCAUCAAAGAGGCCUACAAAAAGACAGUUGGGAAGGACCUGGCUGAUGAUCUGUCCUCAGAGCUGAGUGGGAACUUCGAGGCCGUCGUUCUAGGUCUGUUGAUGCUGGCACCUGUGUACGAUGCCUAUGAGCUCCGAAAUGCUAUCAAGGGGGCUGGAACAGAGGAGGCUUGCCUCAUUGAUAUUCUCGCCUCAAGGACAAACAAAGAAAUAAAAGUCAUCAGUGACGUCUACAAGAAGGAAUAUGGAAAAGACCUGGAAGACGAUGUGUGUGGAGACACAUCUGGAAUGUUUAAGAGGGUUCUGGUCUCUUUGCUCACGGCUGGACGGGAUGAAGGCAACGAAGUGAAUGCAGCUCUGGCUUCUCAAGACGCCAAGGAAAUCUAUGAGGCUGGCGAGGCUCACUGGGGUACAGACGAGGUUAAGUUUCUCACGGUGCUUUGUGUGAGGAACCGAAACCAUCUGCUGCGAGUGUUUGACGAGUAUCAGAAGAUUUCUGGACGAGACAUUGAGGAGAGCAUUAAGAGGGAGAUGUCUGGUUCUCUGGAGGACGCCUUCCUGGCCAUAGUGAAAUGCAUCAGGAACAAGCCAGCAUUCUUUGCUGAACGAUUAUACAAAUCAAUGAAGGGCCUGGGCACCACUGAUAGUGUCCUCAUCAGAAUAAUGGUUUCCAGGGCUGAGAUUGACAUGUUGGACAUUAAGGCUCAGUUCCUGAAGAUGUAUGGCAAGACUCUCCACUCCUUCAUCAAGGGAGACACAUCUGGUGACUACCGCAAAAUCCUCCUGGAACUGUGUGGAGACGAGUAAAAGAAGAAGCAGAAGCUACAGUGUGUUCACUCUGCAGGCUACAUUGAGUUAUUUUUUGUUGGUGACUUAAUUGUACUGCAUUUUACCUUUUCUUCUUCAUGGCCUUCACAUUUCACCAAUUGUUCAUAGCACCUUGCUUUGCUGUUUGUAAUACCAAUUAAACCAAAGACCAGUGACCUUUUACA